UUGAGAGCCCUGUUUCCGUUGACUCCCGAGCUGCCCUAGCCCAAGCUAAAUCGUACAAUGAAUGGUUUAUUCUAUAUGAUUUGUAUUCUGUCAAUUUCUCUCGCACCACCCGUAUCAGGAAACAUUUGCCUUGGAACCCCUUUGGUAAUAACUAUACAAUGUAAAAACAUUUCAACCGGAGAUGGAUAUUAUGAAUACCCCUGGUCUCUGCCUCCGGGUAAAGUGUGUAAAGAUCUUGAAGUCUACGCCGACAAUCAGCCGAUACUACUGGCCCAACAUCCUAACGCAACACUCCCUAAACUAACACAGUGUCGAAACCUGACUGUGAGAUGCAUCUACGAAAUGAAUGGCACUGUAAAUGUGGAUGAGAUGUGCAGGGAAUUUGUCACCGAUUCAGAUGCUUCCUCUUUAUCAGAGCCAGAAAGACCUAAACAACAGUUAAACAACACAAGUGAACAGACUGACGUGGACUCAGUGAAAAAUGAACCAUCACCCACGGAUCAAAGUACCCAGCCAGCUGCGUUUUGGAUUACUGUUGUUGGGCCGGUGGUGGUGUUGGCGGUGGUGGGCGCAGCGUGGUGGUGUGUACGAAAAAAGAAACCGAUGCCAACCCAGAACCAAGGACUGGAGUUAACUGAAAUGAACAGACCCGACGAUGGUGAUCAGACACCAUCAGGACAUGGGGACACGACUGAAGACGGGGCUCUCCCUGAGAAGACAACUGAGAAACCGAAGAGCAAUCACUGUUACGUGGAACUGAUGAGACGGAAAACCUGCUGGAAUGGAGAUUGUAAAGAUUGAGGGCGAGGUAUAGCCUGGGUAUACCCAUGCUGCCAUGCGCGAGAUUUCAUUUUGCCCUGCUAGGCAGCCUGGAUUCCAUGGAUCCGAUGUUCGCUUCAGGGAGGGAACCAGGGCGAGGGGACAGCUAGACGAUGACGACGUCUUUGCCACACUCCAAAGCUUGUACUUUGUUCAUAUCUAUGGAUCCAACAUGGUUGCAAAUGCAAAGUUGCCUUUCGAUGCAGCCUUAGAUAGUGUUCUAAGUAGUUAAGAACGCAAGAUGGUUUAAUUGAUACGAUGGUUUAAUUGAUACGAUUGGCUAUGAGCUACGUACAAACGCAUUUGAUAGACAUUCGUAAACACUCUGGGCAUUCGUAAACCACGCCUUAAAUACGAGAAAAUUAAUGUGUGGUUCCCAGACCAAAUCUCAAUGUAGAUUGAGGUGAGGUCUGGUGUUAGCCAGGAUUGUUGAAGUAUGCAAUUAUAUGAAAAUAGUACAAUGGUAUAGGAGAGACUUAUAUUCACAUGAGAAAGAUAUUUAGCUUUCUAAGUUUAGAUUUAGCUUUCUGCUAAAUCUUAAGUACAUUGCACUUUCUAUAAUGCAUUCUUCAAGAUUUGCAUGUAAAUUAAAAAAAUAUGUAUUAUAAAGUUAAUGAGGGCUGGCAAAUGUCCAGUUGGAAAGUUGUAAAUAUAUACAAAGGAACUCAAACAAUUUGAGGGAGGGUGGGGGCUUGCAACAGUGAGAGACCAUGUUAGGAGUUACUCAAUCUUUGGGGUGGGAUGGGACAUUUUUGCGUAGGUAGAGCUUUCAGAAAUUACUGUGCAGGGUUUCAUUUCUGUUUACAUUGAAACACCUUCUUCAUGAAAUGCAUUCAGAGAUGGAAUUGCUGUUUGAACUUUGCUUACUGUGACUUGUGAGAGUCAGCCCACAGUGUGAAGUCUUACAGCCUGCCGUCUGAUACAGCCUUUUGUAUUUCUAUUUAUUUUAGAGGAGCUCUGGUAGUCUAGUUUUCCCAGCUUUAUUUUGUAGUUUAGUCUUGAUGUUGUUUUGGUAGUUUAAGAGCUACUGCUGGGUCCUACGGCCUACAGCGGUUGGCCUAGUAGUUCAUCCAACUUUUUGUUCUGUUUCAACCCAUGCACACGCUCUCACGCCACACUUCGUGCUCUUUCCUACAUUAUCAAUUGCUUAUGUCUAGAGCUGUCAGUUAAACGCGUUAUU